GAGAAAAGGUCACAGCUUGAGACGCAACCUCCGACGGCGACGGCCGCCAUUUGUUUACUCGCUCCUCCGCUCCGCCCCUUUUCCCCUUCCCCUCCCUAUCCACCACCCUCCAGCCACCGCCGCACCAACUCCUCUCUCUCUCUCUCCUGUCCCCCUCGAUUGGUUGCGCCACCAACCUGACCGCACCAAGCUGAGCCAAGCACGCCCGAGCAAAGCGCGGAGAGAGAGGACAGCUCGAGGACCGGGAGGAGCCUCCCGACAGCCGCGCGCCGCCGGCCCGUCGGUCCGGCGUCCAGAUCCCGCCCAGUUCGGAGGUACAAUUUUUCCCUGCGUGUCCGCAUGAGCAGAAGAGACAGUCGGAGAAGUGAUCUUGGACUAAACUUCUGAGAAAUUUAGGAGGCAUACAUGCAUAAUGAUGUUGGGAUGGUGUCCAGUAGAAGGAAUUCCACAGGGGCGUUCCACCGCGACGGCCCACCCAAGGACUGGUCCCAGUUUGCCGACCCCUCGCCCUCUCCUAAACUGCUCUACUCGCAGUCCUAUGUCGUCAUGAGGGGGCUGCUGGCUUCGCUGGCAUCUCUGGACUUCGCCCUGUGGUCAAGCACGAUGAAGUCCGCAUGGCGAUCGCCCGAGAGGUCGAAGUCUAAGGGGCCAGGCUGCAAGAGAGUUGCGUUUCGGCUCUUUGUUUGUUUCAUGGUCGGCAUCUUCAUCGGGUUCACGCCCUUCUUCUCGGUCGAUGUCUCUCAGAAGAUAGUCUCGAGGCUCCCGUUCGACGAUGGGGUGGAUGAUAAGGUUAAGGAGUUGGAUGCAAUCGUAGUGCAGAAAGAGGUCGAGGUGGUUGAUGAGCCCGAGGUUGAGCAGUUGAGCCCUCCGGUUCCUGCAAUGUUGGAUGAUGAGGUGGAUUUCGUCGAAGCUGCGAAACCUGCUAUUACUGAUUUGGUCAUCCCUGUGAGGAAGCUUCUGAUAGUGGUGACAAUCACUUCUGCUCGGCCACAACAGGCGUAUUACUUGAAUCGUCUAGCUCAUGUUCUGAAAGGUGUACCACCUCCUCUCUUAUGGUUAGUGGUGGAAUGGCCUGUUACUACCUUUGAAACAGCAGAAAUCCUCAGGUCUUCUGGGGUUAUGUACAGGCAUAUUGUCUGCAGGAAAAAUCUUACAAGUGUACGGAAGAUUGCUGUCUGUCAAAGGAACAAUGCAAUCUAUCAUAUCAAAAAGCAUCACCUUGAUGGUAUAGUGCACUUUGCUGAUGAAGAACGAUCAUACAUGGGUGAUGUAUUUGAAGAAAUGCGGAAAAUCAGGCGCGUUGGUGCAUGGCCUGUAGCGAACCAUGAUGCAAGUAAGUACAGGGUGGUUGUAGAAGGGCCUACGUGUAAAGGAAACCGAAUCACUGGAUGGAACACAAUUCCGAAGAAGGGUGCACCCCGUCGAUUCCCAAUUGGUUUUUCUGGGUUUGCUUUCAACAGUACAAUGCUUUGGGAUCCUCAAAGGUGGAACCGCCCAGCUAUGGAUUCUGUUAUAGUCCACUCUGGUGGUAGAGGUGGUCUGCAGGAGUCACGAUUUGUCGAGAAGCUUGUUAAAAACGAGCGUCAAAUAGAAGGCCUUCCAGACAACUGCAACCGAGUUAUGGUCUGGAACUUCGCCCUGGAACCUCCCCAGCUCAACUACCCCGCCGGCUGGUCACUGUGGAACCACCUUGAAGUUGUCAAAGACCUGUAACAUAGAGAUCCUGCCACCGGAAGUCCUCUGCUCCUACAGGCCGUUUCUCUCGGCAAGCCGGAAGGAUGAUAAGCCUUGCGGCGGUGCAGAGGUUCUGAAUCUCGACUUGGCGAUGCCCUCUAGCGGCGCUGCUAACCGAUUGCCCUCCUCCUAAACAGCCCGCGCGACGGGACCCGCAAAGUCGUAGUGUCAGUCAUACUAGUAGCAGUGCCAAUCAGAACUGCCUGACCAACUUUUUUCCUAUUUUGUGUGCUCGCUGUAUUCUUUUUGUGCCCCUUCGUGUCCCCUCCGUAUUCGCCGGUGCAUACUGCCCUGUAGUUUUUUUUCCCCACGGCCUUUCUGUGUUUAUGAUACGUUUACAGAUGUAAAAAACUGCAGCCAUUGCGGCUGUUGAACAGUGAAUGCAAUACCACAGAUUUGUAA